AUGGACGCCUAUGAGCAGGUCCAAAAGAGACCCCUGAAGCUGAAAGGAGUCACAGAGCUCGGCGUGACCAAGCGGAAGAAGAAAAAGGACAAAGACAAGGCAAAACUCCUGGAAACGAUGGGCAAAAUCCAGAAGAACCAGGAGGAGGAGCUGAGGCGCCACCUCGACAAGCAGACCCCAGCCCAGGUGGCCUUUGAGAAGGUGCAGGAGAAGCGACAAAUGGAGAGGAUCCUGAAGAAAGCAUCCAAAACCCACAAGCAGAGAGUGGAGGACUUCAACAGACACCUGGACACGCUCACGGAGCACUAUGACAUUCCCAAGGUCAGCUGGACCAAGUAGCCGCC